AAAUCCCGCCGCCCAAGAAGCUCGCUGUGCCCCGGAAACUGCGUCGCGGAGCUGCACCUUGCUCCUCCCGCCAGCAUGGCCUACGUUGCACCCAUCCACCGGCCCAGCAGCAUCCGCCAUGCCCUCAAGCUCAGCUUUCUCGCUCACGGCGAAGACACGCUGGUGGUCGCGAAGGCGAACCGCCUCGAGUUCUACACACACAGUGCCGAGGGCCUGUCGCUGCAGCUUUCCAAGGCCAUCUACGGCAAGGUCACCAUGCUCCAGAAGCUCCGGCCUGCGCUCUCGCCCACCGACCACCUCUUUGUCGGAACAGACCGCUUCAUGUACUUCACGCUGUCAUGGAACCCGGACAGAAAGCAAGUCCAGACGGAGAAGACGUUUGAAAGCGUCGCAGACAAUGCAGCCAGAGAGUCGCAGACCGGAGAGCGGUGCCAUGUCGACCCUACCGGCCGCUUCAUGACGGUCGAGGUCUACGAGGGCAUAAUCACAGUCAUCCCCCUCGUCCAAAGAGGGAAGAAGAGGAAGCAAGAGCCCGACAUUGCACAUCUGGGCGAGCCCCAGGCAUGCCGGUUGUCCGAGAUGUUUGUUCGUUCCUCGGCCUUCCUGCGCCCGCGGAGUGCAGACGACAAGGCAAAGCUGGCGUUGCUAUACGAAGACACACAUUCCACCGUCAAGCUCAAGGUUCGUGAGCUGAGGUUCGAAGGAGGCGAUACUGUGGACCUGGAGGAUGCAGAGCCAUACCGCGGCGAAAUUGAGGUCGGCGCCAGCCAUCUCAUCCCCGUCGAAGCACCUACCCACGGCCUCAUAAUAAUCGGCGAGACCUCGAUUGGUUACUACGACGAGGAGACUGGAGAGCUCGACAGACAGCCGCUCGACGAGGCAACCAUCUUCGUAGCGUGGACGCAGAUCGACACCCAACGUUUCCUCUUUGCUGACGACUAUGGCCGUCUAUACCUCUUCAUGCUAGAGCUGGACGAAAAGACCAAGGUGCAAUCCUGGAAGAUCGACGUCAUUGGACAGACUUCGCGAGCAUCAACACUUGUCUACCUCGACGCUGGUCAUGUCUUCGUGGGCUCCCAUCAGGGAGACUCGCAAGUCAUACGCAUCACCGAAAAAUCUAUGGAGGUUAUACAGACCUUCUCCAACAUCGCCCCUAUUUUAGACUUUACCGUAAUGGAUAUGGGCAAUCGUUCAGGAACGGGCCAGACAAACGAAUACUCUUCCGGACAAGCUAGGAUUGUAACUGGCAGUGGCGCUUACCAGGACGGUAGCUUGCGAAGCGUCCGGAGUGGCGUUGGCCUUGAAGAUCUCGGAGUGCUAGGCGAGAUGGAACACAUUUCUAAUCUUUUCAGCAUAAAGUCCAGUGGUGCGGCCGACUUUGUUGAUACCCUACUUGUGACGUUUGUGAAUGAAUCGCGAGUAUUCAAGUUCGACGCACAAGGUGAGGUGGAAGAGGUUGAAGAAUUCGCCGGACUGUCACUGGACGAGACAACACUGGUCGCAUCAAAUGUGUCCCAAGGUCGCGUAAUACAAGUCACAGCUGGGCGCGUCCGGAUUACCGAUUUGGACGGCGGAAUGAUCGUCUCCGAGUGGCUACCACCAAGCAGCCAAACGAUAACGGCAGCUUCGGCGAACGACAGCCACGUCCUAGUAUCACUGGGAGGUGUGUCUGUGGCUGUAUUGGAUGUCAACAACGGUUUGAAUGUGAUCAAGGAGAAGACCUUUGGGAUCGAGAGUCAAGUGGCUUGCGUUGCACUGACACCUAAUACUGGCUCAGUAUGCUUCUUAGGCUUCUGGAAAAAUUCACAGCUCUCAGUGUGUUCGCUCACGUCGUUAGAGCCUGAAGUCACCGUUGAAGUCUCAGAAGAAUCAGUACCGCGCUCAAUACUACUCGCACAGAUCUUCCCUGAGCAGCCACCAACACUCUUCGCCGCGUUGGCCGAUGGCUCUGUAGUCACGUACUCAUUCGACGUCUCAGCGAAGAGACUAUCAGGGCGAAAUAGCAUAAUACUUGGGACUCGGGAAGCAACUUUCAGAGCUUUGCCGCGCGGUAAUGGACUCUACAAUGUCUUUGCUACGUGCGAGCAUCCGUCCUUGAUUUACAGUUCAGAAGGACGAUUGGUCUACUCUGCCGUCACGGCCGAAAAGGCCACCACAGUCUGCCCAUUCGACUCGGAAGCAUACCCCAACUCCGUCGCAAUCGCCAAUUCGGACGAUCUACGCAUCGCACUUGUUGAUACGGAACGAACAACCCAUGUACAGACGCUAAAGGUCGACGAGACUGUACGACGGAUAGCGUACUCGCCUAGUCUCAAGGCAUUUGGUCUCGGUACCAUAAAACGCUUACUCAAAGGUGGCGAAGAGAUACUUCUUAGUCAUUUCAAACUCGUCGACGAAAUACAAUUCAAAGAGUUGGACACGUGGCCAUUGAAGGAAGAAGAGUUGGUCGAGUCAGUCAUCCGCUGUGAGCUACCCGACGGCUCAGGCGACCUCGCUGAGCGCUUCGUUAUCGGUACUGCAUAUUUGGACGACCAAGGUGCCGUCGCCGAGCGAGGCCGCAUACUCAUACUCGAAGUCACGGCUGAUCGACAGCUCAAGCUCAUAACCGAACUGGCGGUCAAGGGUGGGUGUAGAUGUCUUGCUGUCUGCCAUGGCAAGAUCGUAGCUGCGCUGAUAAAGACCAUCGUCAUCUACGAUGUAGAGUACCGCACGGAAAGCAGUCCCGAGCUUGUCAAGCUGGCCUCCUUCCGAUGCUCAACCGCACCCAUAGACGUUACAGUCAAUGGGUCGCUGAUAGCCAUCGCGGACCUCAUGAAGUCGCUCGUGGUCGUACAAUACACGCGCGGUGAAGCGGGUCUUUCAGACACGCUGACCGAAGUUGCGCGGCACUUCCAAACCACAUGGGCGACUGCAGUGGCCGAAGUCGAGGAGAACACAUACGUCGAGAGCGAUGCGGAAGGCAACCUCGCGAUUCUGUAUCGCGACCCGAACGGCGUCACCGAUGAUGACAAGAGAAGGCUGAAUGUCUCGUCUGAGAUGCAACUUGGUGAAAUGGUCAAUAGGAUACGGCCCAUAGAUGUAGCCACCGCGCCAGAUGCCGUGGUCGUGCCGAAGGCUUUCAUGGCAACAGUCGAAGGCUCCAUCUACCUCCUCGGCCUCAUCGCGCCAACCCAUCAAAACCUUCUAAUGACGCUACAGUCCAACCUUGCAGAACUCGUCAACGCUCUCGGCGACGUCCCCUUUGCCAAGUACCGCGCAUUCAAGAACCAAGUCAGGGAGAGCGAGGAGCCCUUCCGGUUUGUCGAUGGCGAGUUCGUAGAAAGAUUCUUAGAUGUGGACGAGGCGGUGCAGAAGAAGGCUGUUGAGGGACUGGGUGUGGGCGUGGAGGAGGUGAAGACGAUGGUAGAAGCGCUAAGGAGGCUACAUUAGGUGAGGUGACCUUUACUGUAACAAUCCAAGGACAUUCAAGAAGUUUUCAGCACGGCUCGCGCUCAUGGUCAGCGCAUCGUUACUGUUAGCAGCCGCUCAGCAGAUCCGAAAUGCGAGAUGGACGUCUCAGGCCAUGCUGACUUCCUCACCGCCCCAUACAGCCAGCCACGAAUCUAGGUGGCCUCACAAAAAGUCUCUAUU